AUGUUGGAAAAAACAUCCGGUAUGGAUAAUCCGUUAUCCAAAGAAGAUUAUUUAAUAAUGAGAGCUAAGAAAGCAUUGCCGGGCGAUAUUUAUGCCGCUAAGUCCUGGCUGAUUACUGCAAGAUCUUUAUUUCCACAUAGCGCAAAAGUUCAGUUUGAGGCAUAUCGUAUCGAGAAACUGUCAAAGAAUGUAAAAGAGGCAGCAAAAUGUUUUAGCGAGAUGUUUCAAAAUUUUCCGGAUGAUCGUGAUAUAUGGAAAGAGAUAGAAACGGUGACAAUGUGUCUUCGCUUAGAACAAUGUGAUAGCGAAGCUGAAUUUUUAUGUCAAAUGUUCCAACACAUCCCACAGGAUUUACAACAUAGGUUGCUCAUAAUGACAGCAGAUCAUAGCGAAGAUACAAUGGAACAUUGUAAAUUAUUGCUAUUAUUACUACGCAAGUUUCCUCAAACUAUAGCAACUCAUGGACCACAAGUUUAGUGGAAACUUUGUUAACUGCAGAGAAACACAGUCAUCCAGGUAGAACUGUGAAUGGUUUCAAAAGAUUAUUAGCAUGCGAAACAUUACC